CUUCUGAUAUCUCCCCGAAUGCCUAACAAUGAAGUCUCCAAAGGACAUAGAUACGGUGCUGUGAACAGUUACCAAAAAUGUAGCCAUAAGUGUCUAGGGAAAUCUUAGGUGGAAAUAUGAAACCAUGAACCAAAAAGCACGAGCGCUCUUGCGCAAAAUCACUUUUCUGUUCAUCCUCCUGGGAUUCAUAGACUAUGUGGUGGCCUACGGACUACCACACUGGGCAAAGUACACCAGCGCGGCGGGGCAGAUACAUCGGUAUGGUCUGUUUAUGACCUGUAUCGAGGACUUCAUCAAAUCGGAGUGUGACACAUUUCAUAUAGAAAGUGUGGAUGGAUCAUGGGUGGGCUUUGCCCAGGCCAUGUCCAGCCUGGGUCUUUUCUUCUACUUUAUUUCGACGGGAACAGGAUUCCUCCAGUUCUACUGGGAAUACAGAAAGAAAAGGAGGCUGCUUUAUGGGUCCGCCGUCACUGGGCUUCUAGCAGGUCUCCUGCUUUGCAUUGCAGCUUACUCUUUCGCUUCCAACAACACCGGAAGGCAAAUCUCUCUUGAAUAUGGAUUUUUCAUGGCCAUCAUUAGCAUCGUACCUGUUAUCAUGUGUAGUUUCUUAAACCUUUUCAAUGCUGUUUUGGUGCGCACUAGCAAGAAACGGAAGCACCUGGGGAGUGGUUUUGAUAUUCGUCAACAUAUGUUUGACUUUAGCGUGAAGCCACCAGUUGGCACGCAUCUAAAAGACCAUGUACAAAUUAGUGAAGAUGAGUACGAGGAAUAUCUCCGGCCCACCACCAGGCAGAGUAAAAAAUCCCAAAAGAAGCCCCCGCCCAAUUUUGAUUACUUUAAUGAAAUGUUGGAUGAACUUAUGGAUGAUGAUAGCAAACAAACGGAAACAACAACUGAUGGCGGAAGUUCUUGCAAAAAAGAAGAAGCAGACGACUCAAAGAAAAUAAUCGAGGAGGAAAUGGAAAUGAAAGAAUCAGACGAGAUCUCAAAACGAAGUCAAGAGGAAAUUCAAGAAAACAUCUCAGAUGGAGAGGACAAGACACAACCAAAGAGUGAAACACCGGCUGUUCGCUCGGGGGUGUCUUUCAAUGACUUUCCCGUGGUGUUUACAGAUAGAGCUCAGAAAUUGAAGCCCGCCAAAAGCGCAAAAACUGUUGAUAAAAAGAGACAGUUGGCUCAUGAAAUGCGGGUGGCACAGAAAAACAAUAGAAUAGCCAUAAUGAAAGUCACCUGCAACAAAUGCCCCUUCGAUCACACCGUCAUAAAGCUUGUGGAAAAUCUAAAGACAGAGGAUUAUCCCAAAAUCGUCAAGUACGUCGAAGGUCCCGAACAUCUGGCAUUUUGCCCUGGAGAUCACUGUCUUCAUAAUAAGGUGACGCCCAUAAAGCAACCAAGCAAACUUUCACAUAAAGAGGAACUGAUGUUGAAAGCUAGUGCCUUGCAAGCAUUGCCCACGAUAAGAAAACAACGUUUAUCUAAAAUGCUUUCUCCGAGGGGAAUAGAUGUUGGGCCCAAAAAGAAGAAAAUCAAUAAAAUUUCGCACGUCGAUGAAGAAAAAAGUUCCGUUAGUAAACUUAGUUAUAAGGAUAAGGAUGGAACAUUAAGUGAGGAAGACGAAAACAUGGAGAAAAUUAUCGAUGAAAUAGAUAGAACGAUGGACAAUCAAAGCAAACUGUCUUCCAUUUACAUAGAUACGUCUUUAAAAAUGGUCGAAAAGGCUAACAGACCGCCGUCUCAGGUCAUCUUUGACGAGGACGAGCAUGUGAACGAGUCAACCACAGUGGAAAGUAUCAAAGAAGAUGAGGUCCACGAUCAAAGUGGGAAAAAAGAUGAAGACGAAAACCUAAAGGAAACAAUUGACGACAUCUUGAAGGAUGACGAAGUAAACAAUGAGACGGAAGAGGGCGCUAUUGCUGAUAACGAGGAAGAAGCUACCAGUGAAGAGGAAAUAAUAGACGAUGCCGGACAUGGACCGGGGCUUUCCGACAACGAAUCGGAAACCGAUCUAGACUUUCGUACUGACGGAGUUUCCCGAAAAACCAAUCCCACACAGCCGUCUGCAAAGACGUAUUCUUCCGGAAACGCCACAUCGGCUUUGUAUCAUCGGCCGCUAGUCUCUUUCGACGACCCGAAAACAUCCCCAAGUGUGAAGAAGAAAAAGAAGAGGCAAGUGAAACGAGCCAAGACUUCGUUUCCAAAAAUAGACAUGUCUUUAGAAGGUCGUAGUCACAAGAGCGCGUCUCUUACCAAGCAAAGACGCGCAAACAAGGAACAACGGGUAGCGAUCGUCCAUGAUCGCUGCAGAAAAUGCUGUUACGAACUAUCGGUGCCAAAGUAUGAGGAAGAUCUGACAAAAGAGGAGAAAAGUAAAGUCGAAUUUAUCAUAGAUCGAUCCAAAAGUGCCAAAAACUAAAAGACAAUUCCCCGUUGAAUGAAACUACACUAUUUAUCUAUGUAAAUAAUUAUUUAUUUUUUUAAUGAAUGCGAUGCUUGGUUCAUGUCUUUCAAUUAAAUAUUUUGUAAAUUAAAAUAUACUUAUUAUGAUCUAUAUAAAUCCUCUGAUAUAAAGUGGAUUCAUUUAAAGGGUGUAAAAGGAUAAGUAGACCAACAUCUCUUAAAUAUGUAAAAGUUAUU